AUGGAGGGAUUGAAGAAGGGGGUCGCAUUUUCAACUUUCUCUCUCUGCCUGGUCAUGAUUCUCCCAUCAACCACCCUUUACAUUCUGCACUUUAACUUCAUUAGUAUCUUGUCGAGCCACAUCCGUGCCUUCGACAAUACGUCCGAUCCGGCCGAUGAAAUUUACAAAAGGGAAUAUCCGGCCUUGGCAACGAGCUUCUGGUUUGUGGCAAGGAAAGGGGCUACCACCGAGGUUGGGACAGACAGUCUUGGCGUCACUACUGUGCCAGAUGUGGUAUGUUUUCCGACAUCGAGAGCCCCGGUCCAGGGUGAAUGGGAACCUGGAUUUAUUCCGGACGCCGAAUUCUGGACUGCAGAGAUUGUCCUGCUUGAACCAGGUUCUGUGUUUGGUUACCUGGAGAACUCCAUCAUAAAAGGUCACCAUUUCUACUCCACGGUCACAUUAUCAAGAACUGUCUGGGGCUGGGUUCAUACCUGUAUGUUUGGAGACAUGGGAGGUCUUCCACUCUUUGAACUACAGCACAUUCUCCUUCGGAUGAUGAUUUACUUUGGUGUUCUGGUUGGUGACGAAGGGCCCGAAUGCAAAGACUCCCACUUCCCGGGGCUAAAUAAUCGUGGCAUGCUGAAUUUUAUUGCAUUGGGAAACUUUUGUUUAUUUCUCCCUGCCUUCAAUUCUGGCCCUUUCAAGCGCAAUGAGGAGGUCACAGUCACCCGUAAGGCAAUCAGGGCCUAUCUUUCCAUCAUCCAGCGGCUAAGGGACCAUCACUGUUUACUUCUCCUCGACGAACAUACCUUCGUCAAUUUGCACCCGUUGUCUGCGGUCAGGCAGUUGGACAUUGCUGACUUUGCCAGAACAUCUGCUGUUCAAUUUGCUCAUUCACUCAUCCUAGAGGGCAGGAGGGCAUUUGGCUUGACAGCCUCCAUGUUUGAACUGACCGUCAGGGAAUGCUUGCCAAUUUUCUUGAACAUCGACCCAAACUUCUUCAAGAUUGACGAGCGUCGGAGGGAAAGCUUGCUACUUACAAGGAGAACUUUUUGGUACAGGAACAGUCAGCGGAAGUUGAUGUGCAUGUGGUGA